AUGGCAGAAAGUUUAGAAGGAAGUAAAGAUAUGGAUUGUGAUAAAAAGAUGGAUUCAUUAGGUUAUUCCAAGGAACAGUUUGAUAAAUUUAUUCAUGAUUAUCGUGAAUUAGCUGAAUCUUCCAUAGAUAGCUCAUAUGAAAGUGAUACUCCAAUGGAUGCUGCAUUGAAGAAGGAUUUCAUUAAUGCAGAAAGAAAAUUGAGAAAAACUUUUUAUACUAUCAAAAAAUUACCCAAGGCAGAGAAUUUAGAUGAACUGUAUUUGCGUGUCGAAUCUAUGCUAGCCAUUUUUAAAACGUUAGAAAUCGUAAAAGUGGAUAGUAAAGAAGAAUUCAAUCUUCACAAUGUGCCUUUACCGGAGUAUGAUGCUUCGGAUAUCGAAUUAUUGCUUGGCAAAGAGUUUGCACCGAUACAAGUAACGCAUAAAAAUGGUUUAUCAAAAUUUGAAGACAAACUACGAGAGAAAGUUAUUCGGAAUAUCCGACUGGCUAAAAUUCUAUUGCAAGAAUGUGACGAAACUGUGCUUUCAUAUCGGGAAAGAGUUCUGCGAAAUAUGCAGCUGUAA